AUGUUGAAAGGUUUCGUUAGUGAAAUCAAAGUGUUGCUGCAGCUACGGAACGCCUCGAAUGUAAUAACGCUGAUGUCCUACUGUAUUCCUCAAAAUCCUCUGGAAAACAUCCAGCAACUGAAUAUUGUAACCGAGCGAGGAACACCUUUGGAUACACUGCAUCUUGUACAGCUGUCUCCACAAAAGAGACAUCAAUUUGUAAAUAUGAUUCAACGAUUUUUUAUUAACUACCCAACACUACGUCUUCAUGAUUUUCGGAGGCAGCAGAUAGUAUUGGUUGACGAGCAACCGAAACUAGUUGACUUCGACGGUGCCUAUUUCAGCACGAGGGUACAAACGCAGAUGAAUAUCAUUCGACUGUGUUGCGGAAGCUACACUCAGAAAUACUCAUAG